AUGGAUCUCCAAGGAACCAAAGAGGCUCGUGCGCAGGAAGAUGGUAAUGAUGGGUCGCUCGCGGGUAACGGCCGUUCCUCCGACUUUCGUCAGAGUGAAAGGCGAGACUCUCACGACCAUGAGAAAGCUUCUCCCGUGACUUCAUUACGGCGUGCACAACCGUCUUUCGAAUAUCCGCCUGGUACCAAUCGACUCCAUCCGCGAGACUCAUCGCCCUCUCCCGAGGCCAUCCGCAUUCCACAGGCCUUGGAGCUCACUGCUCGCGAUCACCGUCUGCUCUGCAAAGCUCGCCGUCAUCCUCCAGUCACGAAGCGGACGUUGAGCGAGCUCGAUCUGCCUUGCAUAAUGAGCAAUAUCAACCUCCGGAUGGAUGCCAACUUUGACCGUGACUUGCACUUCAAGCCCGAUCUGGAGGGCGAGAAGGGCAAACGCAAGAGGAAAGAGGCCGCCGACUACUGGGACUCCAUGGCGCUGGAAAUUACUGUCUACGCAUAUGAAGCUGCAAACCUGGAAGGCGCUGGAAACCAGCCCGAGAGCCAAGGUUCCAGCUCCAGAAGUACUUUCGAGCCGCGGCUUCCACUCAUGUUCGAAACUUUACAAGAAGUCAUCAAAACACUAGUGCCUGAACGGGACCAUCCGGCUGUAAUGGAAAACCUCGAAGUUCCUCUGCUAAUGCAGCAGGUCCGCAAAGGAGUGCUUGACAUGGUUGUUUUGGCCAAGUGGAUGGCGGCUCUCCUCAAGACUCAUUGCGCGCCCAUGCGGGACGAAUGGGCAGACCGUAUGGUGGACCAGAUCACUGAAGGCUCACAGUCCCAAAAUACAAAGGAGAUUGUCAACGGAUUGCAGACGCUGUUCGCUAUCCUGGAGGCAAUGAAACUUGAUGUGGCCAAUCAUCAAAUUCGCACAUUUCGUGUCUUGCUCAUCGAGGAUACCGUCCCGUUCUUGCAAGAGUACCUCGAGGGCAAAAUCAGCCGUGGCAACUUCCAGGUCGAGCCGGCCAAGUCAUGGUAUGCCGAGGCACGCGAACGUGCUCAAAAAGAAGAUGAAGCUCGUCAAUUGACCGAAGGACAAUCAGACGCUGCGUUGAAGCCCAUUGAGGUUCUCUUUCGGGGUAUUGCGGACCAAUUACUUCAGUUCCAUCCUCCUGCAGACUAUCCAGACACCUUCAUCUUUGAUACAGAUCGACUGUGGCAACUGCGUUCGACCAUCCACAAUCUGAUCAAUUUGGAGAUUGCGUGGUACAUUUUCGAAUCCUACGUCCACACGCAGAAGAGAUACCUCUCGGCCCGCGACGAGACAUACUCCGCCUUCCGCACGAGAAUCUGGUCGCUCAUGGAAGACGACCCAAUUUCCGAUGUCCGGGAUCUUUGCGAGAGUGGCAACUCGGACAACCGGGGUAGUCAGCGCUGGAUGGAAAAGAUGAAAUCAAUCGCUUUGGAAAUAGCACGAUUCGCCUGCGCCGCGUGCCACAUGGAUGCCCUGGUUGCGGACGAAGUCAUUGCUCCUAUCGAGGAGGCGCUAUUGUGGCAUUUGUCGAACGAAUCGGAACUCUUCCGCUAUUUUCAAAACACCAUGCGCGAAAAAGUGCUGACCGCAACGAUUUCCUUUGCGAAGAAAUUCCUGCCUUUGUCACCACUGGCCAUUUGCGAAUCCCAGCGCACAAUGCUCACACAACCGGGGGGAGUGAAUUCGUCGCAGUCAAUGUCAGCCCAGCAGUAUGACAUUGAACGCAUCGGUAUGCGUCUUGCUCAUAUUGGUGUUCUACACUGGCGAGUUUGGGCGUCUCUACUCUACUUGAGGGACGAGACGCCUAGACCGGGUCUCCAGUAG